AGAGCACAUUCAUAGCUUUACAACUUUUUCACGCAGUGCACACCUACACUCAGCAUUAGAUAAGCAAACCCUACGCGUCGUUGCUCCGCUGCGUUCCUCGUCUCCUUUAAGAAUUCACGCCUUGCAAAGCUUACAUAGUUACUCUAUACAUUGGUCAUACUUUUACACCUGCUUGAAGCUUACAACGUAAUAAGGCGAUGGGCAGUUUAGACCAGACGCACCGCGAUCUUCACUUCUCACAUAUAUUCCACCAGCCCGGUACUCAUACAAGAUUAUUUGAAGACAAGGUGUUCGGCCAUGAAGACUGGACAAGGCAUCGCAGCGCGGCAUAUCGCCAUCGCAUGGAACCAGUCGUCUUCCUGCGUGUGUGCGCGGGCUUCACCUGGCAGCUUGCGCUGGUGCUGCUGGUGUCAAUCGCAGUGGGACUGCUGCACACAUUCGUGCCGGAGAGCAGCGAGUUCCUGUCAGGGUCCCAUCUGAGUACCCCCUUCAACAUGAUCACCUUUGCGCUGUCGCUGCUGCUGGUGUUCAAAACCAACUCCAGCUACAGUCGCUGGUGGGAGGCGCGGAUCGUGUGGGGCAAGGUCGUCAACUUUGGUCGGAACUACACACGCCAGGCCCUCAUGUGGAUCCCCGCCAGCCGCCCCGACCUGCGCGCCGCUGCCGUACGCUGGGCGGUUGCCGCUCCCCGUGUGCUGCGAGUGCACCUGCGCAAGGGGGUGGACCUCACACCCGAGGUGCAUGGCGUGCUGCGGCCGGCCGAGGUAGAGUGGUUGCGCACCUGGGCCAACGGGCCGCUGGGUGUGGGCACUGCGUUGGGUCGGGUGGUGGCGGCGGCGGGGCUGGAGCCGCAGCUGGAGCAGGCGCUGCAGCAGCAGGUGGAGCUCUACACCAACAUGGCGGGGGCGUGCGAGCGCAUCUUCAAAACGCCCAUUCCGCCCGCCUACGCCAGGCACACCUCCCGCUUCCUCAUGCUCUACGUGGUGACCUCCCCCGUGCUGUUGUGGCAGAGCACCGGCUGGAUGACCCCGCUGGUGGCGGUGGUGAUCGCCAUGCUAAUGCUGGGCGUGGAGAACAUCGGGGUGCAGCUGGAGGAGCCCUUCCAUGUGCUGCCCCUGUACGACUUUUGCAAGGGCCUUGAGGCUAACAUUCGGGAGCUGGAUCGGCAGUUUGCUGAGCUGCCCGAAAUAGAGACAUUGGUGGCGCACAGCCCGCUCGGAAAAGAGAGCACCAUGCCGCGACAAGGCUCCAUGCCUCGCCAGGGCUCCGUUCCGCAACCGGCCUCCAUGCCACAUCCGGCGUCCCCCAUUGUUGCUGCGACAUGACAAGAAGAGUGGAUGUUGGACAAGCUGUCAGCGCCGUUUUCGGUGUUGGUAUUGAGAAUGGGGUUAUGGACUGGAGGGCUGCGUGGGCGGGAUGGGCGCGGGGUGCGUCGGAGAUCCGCUCGGCGAUCGGGGGUGAUGAAGUCUAGACGACCCAUGGGUCAGUGGACCCGUGGGUCAUGAGGCGGGUUGGGUAGUGCGUCGUGACUGGCCCUGGUACGGCACCUCGGCGUGGCUUCGUGGCUUGCGGGGCGGUCGGGGGUAUAGGUGGUAUAAAGUACCUUUAUGGCAUCCUUCUUUCCUACACGAGCGAACUGGUCUUUUCUUGCUCUUUCAGCAGCGAUGUACGGGGGUUGAUAAGACGAUGAUGGAUGAAUGCUUGUAUUUACACAAAGCGCCCUACAGACGAAUCCUGCGUGUGAUGGAUGUGUGAUAUGUAUCGUACGGCGCAGCAUUUGCUGUUGCGAGUUGGUUAUGGUCAAAACUACCUCCGUGGGACCACACAUUCUUGCCGGUGGAUAUCCGAGAAACUUGACGGUGUGAAAGGGCACGAUAAAAGCACUGUACAGAGGAUUAAUGCAGAGGAAAUAGGGUUCAUGCAUCUCCAGCAUCAGCGGACAUUUGCACAUGGGCGAAGCGCCCGUCCUGUGCGGCAUGACCGCGUGCCACCUGCAUGUCAUUUUGUACGGAACGGUUGAGCUGCAUAAGCGGGAACCCGUAAGGGAACCCUUGCAGAGGAUUGGUGUUGGUAGAUUUGCCAGCCACGGUAGCUAUUGUAGGGGGCACCGUGCUAGCUAUAUGCAUUGUCUGAUAAAAUAAACCUAUUCUUUAUGUGUCACGGUGUACAGCAGGGCAUUGUUAGGAGGGGGAAGCAGCGUGACCGGACACGCUGACAGCCUGACAGGUUUUCGACGCAGCCCGGUUUCAGAGUGCCAUGACAUGCAUGCCUGCUAAAGGCCAUCAUUGAGGGUAAAAUCGUGUGUGUACGGUAGGGUAAAUGCGUGUGUGUACGGUAUCGGGAGGAAUGUCUGUGACCCUCUAGUGAGUCAGGGUACGCAUGCACGCAACGACGUUCGCAUCAUUGACGUCCGCUUUCCGCAUGCCUUCUGGUCUGGGAUCACUGUAACA